AUGUCGGACGAUUGCCCAGAGAUAGACGGCGUUACAGCCGCCGUAGAAAAGCACAGCCACCGCAAAAUCAAACGAGCUAGAGAUUCAAUCAACGGUGUGGAUUCCAUCAGCUCUCUACCCGACGCGAUCCUUCAACAAAUCUUCUCUCAAAUUCCGACAAAGUACGCAAUCAGAACCUCUGGUUUGUCCAAACGAUGGAGGCACGUAUGGUCCCAAACACCAUCUCUCGACAUCGAUUGCUACAGAUACGAACCCGAUUCGGUCUACGAAACCUUAGCUAGAAGAUACUCAUCUCCCAAAAUCACGAGCUUUCGUCUCUCUAUCAGCACCACCGAGGCUAAACCUAAACAGAUCGACAGCUUGAUCGAGUUCGCCGUGUCUCGCAGCACGGAGAAGCUGUCUCUAGAGUUCCGUCAUGCUUACGCUGUGGCUUACCGUUUCCCCGAGGUCUUCUUCACCAGCUGCUCUUUAAAACAGCUCUUUGUCGAGUCGGGAACUAUCGAUACGAUUCCUGGACACAACACCGUGUCUUGGAGAUCUUUAAAGACAUUAUCUUUGAGAGGCUGUGUGCUUUCUGAUGAGGCAUGCGCCAAGAUCUUGUCUGGCUCUCCGCUUCUCGAAUGCUUGACGUUGUUUUGUUAUAAACUCGAGCGUCUUGAUCUGAGCGAGUGUCUGAUGUUAAAGAGGUUGGAUGUUCAAUGCUGGGAACAGAUGACUCACAGUGAUGAGUCGCGAUGUGACUUAGCGGACGUCUCUUCUUUAACGGAAGCUAACGUGAACAUCAACUGUUCCAGGCGUCUUGGUUUCUUGUAUGAUGACUUUGGCGAUCCGGAGACUGGUUUAGCUGAUUCGCUUCAAGUGUUGAUCCUCCGGACGCUUGAGAAGUUGCAGAACGUGGAGAAACUUACUUUGUGUGGGGCUUUAUGUCUUCAGAUCUUGUCUCUUGCCAUCGUCUGUGGUGUUCCUUUUCCGAUGUUCAAGAAGAUGGAAGCUUUGACUCUUGAAACGGCUAUCUAUCCUUCUAUUGUUCCUGGUGUAGCAAAGCUGCUACAAAACUCGCCAAGAUUAGAGAAGAUCAAACUAGACACAGUUGACUGCAAAAUGUUAGAGGAGACUCGUCUUACCAACUACUUGUAUUGGAAAGGCUUGGAGACGCGUGGAUGUUGGAAACCAAAAGAUUUGGACUGUCCGAGUUUGUCUGAACCAGGACUCAUGAGUUCUGUCAUGAAGUUUCUGAUGAAAACAAGUGGAGACGCUUGGUAUAAGGUUGGGAGUUACACUUUCUCACUAAACAAAAACUCUGAGUUGUCCUUUGUCACUGACUUGACUCAAGACUGUUUCUUUCGUUGAAUAUUAUUCGUAUAAUUUUUUUUUCUUAUAAAGACGUUCUCUCUGUAAUGAAAUUAUUUAUAUUUAAUAGAUUUUUAAUUUGACU